GCGCCACCUGCCGGCGGCGCGGCGCGGCCCGGUCCCUUUAAGGGCUGAGUGGCGCCGGGCCCUUAGGCCGCGGCCUCCGGCAGGCAACGUGUCUGGGAUGUGAGAGGAGAGGGGUGUCUGCUCUCCUUGCCUGCCGGGAUCCCUCCCUGGAAGACGGGUGUCAGGAGCCCUCCUGAGGGCAGGCCCCGGGCUGGCUCGGCGGGGGCAGAGCACAGGGCUUCUCUGCCACGGAAGACAGCGAGGAGAGGAAGCCUGGCUGCAGAGUUUUGUCCCGAGUAUGGUAUUGAAAUCUGUGUGCUUACCUUUCCCCAUGACACCUGGGGCCAACCUGCCACACGUCCUGCAGCGUUCUGGGCUUGACUUGGCAAGUUUCUGCUGAGCGUGCUGGUUCAGCGUUUGCUUCGUAACCACGCGUGUGUGGGUAGCCCUGUUCUUUUCAGAAGAGCUAGGCACGUGCUUAAAGUAGCUUAAAGAUGGAUGCUCCCAAAGAAGUUCAGCCAACGGGAGAGUUCAAAUGUCAGCUGUGUGGCUUGACAGCUCCAUACACGUACUAUGGGCAGAAGCCACCAAACGCACGCUCCGUUGUGAUUUUGGAAGAAAGCUACGUCAUGAAGGAUCCUUUCACCCCCGACAAGGACAAAUUCCUCAUCCUUGGGUCUCAUUGCAGUUUGUGUAGGAAACCAGUGUGCGUUGGUACAGAAUGUAGUCUGUUCUACUCCAAAAGAUUCUGCCUGCCUUGUGUGAAUGAAAACCUAAAGGCCUUUCCUUUGGAAAUACAAGAAGAUCUGAAUAAAAGGAAGCCCCAGCAAAAAUCCUCCUCCUGUAAAAAAGGCGAUAGGAGAACAUAAAUACUGAAGGACCCAGAGAGACGUUUCUUUGGCUUCUCCUCUCUCUUUUUGGAGACUAUCAGGUUGCUCCUUUUAAAGAGGUGACCUUCAUCAGCUCCCUACUACGGAACGCAGUAACACAUUUCCUUACAAUUGGCUGGGCUUCAAAGGUUGUCACGCAGCGGUGGCAGCGCCAGCAGCAGGGCCUGAAGGUGUUGGGGAGCCAGAAGGAAGGGCAGACAAGCCUGUUGUCACCACGUGAAACCCUCAUAGCGAAAACCUGAACAGCACAAAGCACAGGAGCCCUGCCCAACUUUGCACUUUUCUUAUUUUAAUGUUUUGUGUUGUUCUUGACACUCCUACAGAGUUAUGCAAAUCCUCGAGGGAUCUAUCUGGCUGAAUUCAGUAUACGUCCAAGAGAGUCAGUAUACACCAACAAUUAACCUGACAGUGCUGUCCUGAUAAGAUUAGAGUAGGCAAGGAAUUCAAAGCUUUAUUUUUAAGUCCAAAAUAAAACUGUUAUGAGAAAACAUCACAGAUGCCUGUAGAAAUAUCUAGAUUCUUCAAGAUUAUAAUCCGAAUACCAUCACAGCAUAAAGACUUCGGAAGGUAGGUGCUCUUAUAAUAAAAUAUCAAUAUAAUAAAAUUAAAAAAAAAAUUAUACUUACAA